AUUUAUCCUCAUAUAAAAUGUCUAACUUCCUUAACAAUUCCACCGUUAAUGGUGCUGUAAAUAUCAACAUCUGCGACAAAAGAUCUAGAAGCCCAAGCGCUGAGUCAUCCGUCUCAUCUGUUUCCUCUUGCGAGGUCAAGCGAUCAAGGAAACUUGAUUAUCUUGCCGGCAAUGGGCAAAAAGAAUGGGAACCAAAAGACAAGUUGAUCCUCAACGGUAUAGACAUUACUGCAGCAUUGAUCAAGUUUAGGAACAACAGCAUAAAGGCAGCUGAGAAGAAAAAUGACUUGAAUUCACUGCGUAUUCUCUCGUUGUCGCACGUGUUCCUGGUGAACAAGCUUGAGCCUAAGAACUGCGUUACCAGUUACUUGGAAGAUAAAGAAGCAAAAGAACUGAGCAACUGGUCACACAGUCUUAUUUAUGAUAUUCCAAGAGCAUCAAGUGAUGCAGUCUUAUACUGCAAAGCAAUUGCAGAUGGAAAUGAAGUCGAAGGCUAUAAAUGUGAGGAUAGCAAUACUUUAUCAGAAAGUAUCAAGGAUUUAGCCGAGCAACUAAUUAACAACAAGGCUAAGAUCAACCAAGCAUCUGAAGCGAGCUUUAUGGACAAGCAUUUGAUGCCAGAAAUAAGAAGAGUCCUUCUUAACAAUGCCUCUGAUGAUAUUGUUUACGCAAUGAUCGAUGGGAUGGAUACGAAUAAGAAAAAGCCCGACUUUAUGCUGGGUUUCAGCAAGAAAAGAAAAGACAUCUACUGCUUUUUUGUAGAGGUCAAGAGACCAAAGCAAAAAAGCAGCUAUCAAGAGGAAGAUGAUAUGACCAAGCUGCUCAAGCAGCUUAAAUUUUCAAUUGAUAAACAGCUACUUUUGGGGUUGCGGGAUCCCGUGUCUCUUGGCUUGCUGGUAGAGGGCUUCAAAUGUUCUUUAUAUAAGAUGACACUGGUAGCAGACGGAAUUUACCUGCCGUGGUUGGUGAAGCGAUUUUCUUUGGUGGAAGAAAUCCACCAGAUGGUUCUUUUACCAUCGAUAGUCGAAUCGUUGACUUUUGUGAAGAACGAACUUGUUGCGACAAAGGAAAGAUUGGACGAAAAGAAGCUGAGGAGCGAAAAGAAGACCGCCAAAGAGCGCAUAAGACCUUCGUUCAUUACAAAAUUUCAAUAAUAAUAAUAACAAUAAUCUUUG